UAAAUAUCCAAAUUGAAUAAAAAGAAGAUGUUUAUCUUAAAAAGGGGCAGGUACAUUUUGUUAUUGAUGUUGGUUCAAAGUUUUGAAUUCAUUCAGACUAAACAAUGCAACAUUCCAGAAGUUAAUGAAGAUAUUGACUGGGAUAAUUUUUCUGAAGCCUGGUAUGAAGUUCUCCACACAUUUGACCCAGUAAUGGAUAAAGAUGUAUUUGGAGCAAAACUACACAAUUUUACUAAAACAAGCACAGGAAUGAACUUGAUUGUCACAGAACUACACAAGAAUUCUCCUCCACAAACUUAUGCAGUUCAUCAUACACGAAAGAAAGCAGGCAUCUACAGAGCGGCAAAUAAUGAUGAACCAGCUAUCAAAGCAUCACAAUCUUUAACUCCGGAGGGUGGAAGAAGUGAAGAUGCAGCGAAAAUAGAUGAUGCUCUGUUCAGUGGUGAUCUUCUGAUUUCAAGUGAUGAGGAGAAUUACAUAAUUUAUGCAUUCUGCAGCUAUGCAGAUGAAUGGGUUGUCUGGGUGGUUUUCCCAUCUAUGAAUCCAACAAUUCAGCAAGUCACCCUAAUGUGGAACAAACUCAUGGAAAAAGGAAUCAAUGUACAACUUCAUCUUUCAGAAUCAGUUGAACAUCCAGAGAAUUUCAUGGGUUUUUAAUAGAUGAAAAUCAGUACAAAACUGCAGUUAUUAUUAUGUGUAUCAUGUAUUCAUCUACUACAUCAACUUAUAUAAUCAGCAAUGUUAUGUCCAUUUUAUCCCUAUAUAUUUGCCUGUUAAUUCAUCAAUAAAAAUUGUGGAUGUGAGAAGAAUUCAUUUCAGAUUGUCAUCAAAAUAAGUAAAUUUAUAAAUCAACUACUGUUUAUUAACAUAGAGCAGCAACAACACGGAGAAAGAAAUUUUGCAUAUAUGUCAUAAGCAUUGAAAAUGUUUCUAAAUUAAUUUAUUAAAGGUAAA